ACAUCAAAUAAAUCGGUGUUAUGUAUAAAUUUUUCGUUCAAAAUGACCAAGAAUAUAACCGGCCCUGACUCGAAGAGAACUGGGGCGCGUUAUAAAAUAAGCUCAAUAGAUUUAAAGUCAAAAUGCCGGUAUUCACUGCUAAUAUUCCAGGAGUGCUUAGUGUUGGGGACAGAAUAGAAAUAGGCGGUAAAAUCAAGGAAAAUGCUAGAAAAAUGUCGGUAAAUCUUUGCACCCAAGAAGGCGAAGAGCCCCGAGACGUGGUCCUACAUUUUGACGUACGGUUUCAUAGGGAUAACAUCAUUUCCCUCUCAAGGAGGAAUGGCGUCUGGAUUGGUAGCGGGAAUUUGGAUACUAAUUAUAAUAUGUUUGUCCCUGGCACUAUAUUUCGAAUAGUCUUCGAAGUGAAAGAUACUGACGUGAUCACGAUAUACUGCCAGGGUAAAUUUCACUCCAACUUCCUACCCAAGAUUCCUUUAACAAUGGCACGUUUUCUCGUCGCCUGGGCAGAUGUGGAGAGGAUCACUCAUUGCUAUUUCCACAUGGCUGGAAAAGGUGUCGGAGAUGAGACUUUAGGUGGUGUGGUACCACCACAUUCGCCACGGACUGGGGUUGCUGCUGUAGUUGGAGAUACUAAGAGGGGUCAAAGGAUCAAGAAACAAUAUUGCCAAGGUUCACCCCACUCUUCAAACGAAAGUUCUGACGACGAUCAAAAAUCCCCGGCAAAAGACUGCCGCGCUGAUAAAUACUUUUAUGACACUUUGAUGUGUCAACCGCCAGAACAAAAGUAUGGGUCACCGGAAUCCCUAAAAUAUCGUCGUGAAUAUAAUCAAGGAAAAUCUAAAAUAGACAACAGAAAAUACAGAGAAUUAUCAGAUACAGAUAAAGUCGACACAGAUGCUUCGGAGGAAGUUAUGUCAAAAAAUAUGGAUUCGUCGUUGGCUGAAUCGGAUGAUAUCGUGCCCGAAAUGUCUAUGAAAAAAAGAAUAAGGCGCGGGAAAUUCACGCCGUUCGCUCAAGUCGUUAAUUUCAUGGGUAAGAAUGGGAAACGAAAUUAGUGUGUUUAUGAAAGGAGAUUCUUAUGAUUGUUUUUUUUUUG